UAUCAACCGAAAGUCUUCAGCAUUAGCAACUGAGAAUCGAGAAAUAUCGCCUUUUGUAGGAAAAUCUCUUUCAUCUUCAUUUUGAGUUUUUCGCAAAGUCGAUGGCGACCUUUGAUGAAGUUUCUGCACUACAACAAAUCAGAAACUAUCUGCUUGGAGAGUUUUCUCCAAAAGGGUUCACUUUCGCUAACCAGUUGAGCUACAGUCCAGCAAAUGGAGUUUUUUCAAGCUCGCAAUCAGGCUCAAACCCCUCUGAAACUGCUAGCUAUGAACCUCCUCUCACGAUUUCCGAUUGUAGCCAGGGUUCCAUUGACUUCGAUGAUAAUUCCUUGAAUUUUCAAGAGAAUCUGUUUGAUUUGGAAUCGAAUUCAACGAUGAAUUUCGAGCAAAAUGAUAACAAGUUCUCGAACUUCGAAUCAUAUUCUCAAAUUAUAGAUCUCACAUCACCAAAAAUUCAACAUAAUUCGACAGCCCCAACCAGAAAGCCUCCGCUGAAGAUCGAUUUACCUCCGGCGGAUAAAAUCGAAAGGACGACGGUCCAAAUUCAGUUACCUGCGGAGGAAAACAAACGCUACAGGGGAGUGAGGCGACGGCCGUGGGGAAAAUACGCGGCGGAGAUCCGAGAUCCGAAACGGCGUGGGAGUAGAGCUUGGCUGGGGACGUUCGACACCGCAGUCGAGGCGGCUAAAGCUUACGACCGAGCGGCAUUCAGGAUUCGCGGAAGCAAAGCGAUUCUGAACUUCCCGUUAGAAGCUUCGAGGCUCAAAACCGAAGAGUCUCAGGCCGCCGGGGACGGUUGCAUGAAGCCAGAGAGAGACGCCGAAGAGACGGGUGUCGUUAAAAAUGACGCGGCAGAGGAAUGGCCCCCAACGCCGUCAAACUGGAACGCCGUAUGGGAUCAGAAUUUUAACGGGAUGUGUGACCUGCCUCCGUUAUCCCCUCACUCUCCUUUCGGUUAUCCGCAAAUGGCAGUAAUGUAAGGAAAAUCUUGAUGAGCCAAUCUUUGAAUUGUAAAACCAAAACGUCUCCAGUACACGCAAUAACUAGUCUUUGGAGACUGGACAAGGUUGUAAUUUGAAUGAAAAAAGACUGUCAUGCUACCAAACGGCUCCAAAACGACUGAUUUGGCUGAUCCUGCUGAAAUUUAUGAAAAAAUCGGCUGAUUCGAAGUAAUUACAUGCUACCAAAGACUAGUAAAAAAGUUCGAAAAUUCCAAAAUAAGACUGUCAUGUUUGUAUUCCUAAAUAGAAGUAAUUAUUGCCAAGUUUGGAAAAUACUGUUACGUUUAAAGUCUGGUAUUGCCAAAACAUGACAAUAAUUAGUCCUAUUUAGGAAAUAAAAACAUGAUAUUCCUAUUUUAAAAUUUACAAACGUUUUGAGUACUAUUUAGGGUAUUUUCCCAAUUUGAAUCUAAAAGAUGCUCUGUAUCUCUUCUCUACUCUUAAUCUUAGAAAAAUAAAGUGGUGUGUCACGUACACAAUUAUCUUAAAAAUCCUUUACUUCUUUCUUCUCUAAGAGGCCGUUUGGCAGCACUGUUUUUCGGUUUAUCAGGUUUAUCAGCCAACUUUUUCAUCAAACACGUAACUUUUAUUUUUGCGCGCUGAAUUGUGUAAUAAGCAGAAAAGUAAGGUUGGAGUUACUUUUCUGGUUGUAUUGGCUGAAGUUACUGUAGAUGAUCAUUUUAGCUAUUUUUACAUACAAUUUUUCCUUUAUUUUAUUAAUAAAAUAUAUUUUGAAAAUAUUUUUUUCUUCAAUCAGCAGAAUCAGCUAAUACAGCCACUUCAGCCAGAAUUUCAUAAAUUUCAGCAGGAUCAGCCAAAUCAGCCGAUUUUCAUGCUACCAAAC